AUGGCCGAGGACGAUGGAAAAAGCUUUCGGGAGCAGCAGUGCGAGAAGUAUAACAGCUACAACUUUACGGAUCUGGAAGGGAAUCGCCUGGAGUGGGUUCCCAAGUACGCGGGAGUGUCACCCCGAGACCGAUGCAAGCUCUUUUGCCGAGCCAGGGGGAGGAGUGAAUUUAAAGUCUUUGAGGCCAAAGUGAUCGAUGGGACGCUGUGCGGACCGGAGACCCUCUCCAUCUGCGUCCACGGGCAGUGCAUCAAGGCCGGCUGCGAUCACGUAGUCGGGUCAUCCAAGAAGCUGGACAAGUGCGGGGUGUGCGGCGGCAAUGGCUCCACUUGCAGGAAAAUAUCCGGCUCGCUCAACCGAUCCAAAUAUGGCUACAACGACAUCGUCACCAUCCCCGCCGGAGCUACCAACAUCGACAUCAAACAGCGCAGCCACCGCGGGGUCCGUCACGAUGGGAAUUACCUGGCCCUGAGGACCCUGGAGGGCAAGUACCUACUGAACGGAGACUUUGCCAUCUCGGCCAUGGAGCAGGACAUCCUCAUUAAGGGGACCAUCCUGAAAUACAGCGGCUCCAUGACGACCCUGGAGAGGCUGCAGAGCUUCCGACAGCUCCCGGAGCCCCUGACCGUCCAGCUGCUGACCAUUGCCAGCGAGAUCUUCCCACCAAAAGUCAAGUACACCUUCUUCAUCCCCAAGGACGUCCCUUUCAGCAAGCAGAAAGGCAAAGAGAAGAAGUCGGCCAACGUCAUCCGACCGAUGCUGACCUCCCAGUGGGUCCUGGGCGACUGGUCCGAGUGCUCCAAGACGUGCGGCUCCGGCUGGCAGAGGCGGACGGUGGAUUGCCGGGACGUGGAGGGUCAAACCUCCUCCACCUGCGACAGAGCCCUCAGACCUGAGGACAUCAAGCCCUGCGGAGACAUCCCCUGCCCGCUCUGGCGCCUGGGUCCCUGGUCCCCCUGCUCCCAAACUUGCGGCGAGGGCGUGCGGACACGCAACGCCUCUUGCAUCGAUUACACCG